GCCCCGCUCCCCCAGCGCCCCGGAAGUGAUCUGCGGCGGCUGCUGCAGAGCGGCCAGGAGGAGGGUGGAUCUCCGGAGAGCGGAGCGCCCCGAGUCCUCCUCCUCCUCCUGCCGCCCAGGCUCCGCCGCCGCCCGUCGGACUCGUCCUUCUGCCGCUCGCGGCGGGGAGCCUCCCAGACGACAAGGGCCAAGCUCUCUCCGGCCGAAGCCAGCUCAGCCGCGGCUUCCGGAGCCCGCGGGGCGGCGGACCGGCUUGCGGUGCAGAUUCUUCUUACUCCUUUGCUGCAAACUCUGUGACACAAGAUGGCUGCAAACAAGCCCAAGGGUCAGAAUUCUUUGGCCCUACACAAAGUCAUCAUGGUGGGCAGUGGUGGUGUGGGCAAGUCCGCUUUGACCCUACAGUUCAUGUAUGAUGAGUUUGUGGAGGACUAUGAGCCCACCAAAGCAGACAGCUACCGGAAGAAGGUAGUGCUGGAUGGGGAGGAAGUACAGAUCGAUAUCUUGGAUACAGCUGGCCAGGAGGACUAUGCCGCAAUUAGAGACAACUACUUCCGGAGUGGAGAGGGUUUCCUCUGUGUCUUCUCUAUCACAGAAAUGGAAUCCUUUGCAGCCACGGCCGACUUCAGGGAGCAGAUUUUAAGAGUAAAAGAAGAUGAGAACGUUCCAUUUCUGCUGGUUGGUAACAAAUCAGAUUUAGAAGAUAAAAGGCAGGUUUCUGUAGAAGAGGCAAAAACCAGAGCCGACCAGUGGAACGUUAACUAUGUGGAAACAUCUGCUAAAACUCGAGCUAAUGUUGACAAGGUAUUUUUUGAUCUGAUGAGGGAAAUUCGAGCCAGAAAGAUGGAAGACAGCAAAGAAAAGAAUGGAAAAAAGAAGAGGAAAAGUUUAGCCAAGAGAAUCAGAGAAAGAUGCUGCAUUUUAUAAUCAAAGCCCAAACUCCUUUCUUAUCUUGACCAUACUAAUAAAUAUAAUUUAUAAGCAUUGCCAUUGAAGGCUCAAUUGACUGAAAUUACUUUAACGAUUUGGAAAUUGUUAUGUAUCACUAAAAGCAUGAAUUGGAACUGCACUGAAAGUCAAAUUCACUUAAAAAAGAGAUUAAUGUGGCUUCGCCAAGAAGCACAGUUCAACUUCUUUCAUAAUUGCCUACAUUUAUCGCGGUCCUGAAUGUAGCGUGUGGGCUUGUGUUUCGAGGGCAGUCUUUCUGGAACUGUUAGAGCUGAGACGGUGGGGGGGAUGGGAGGAAAGGCUACUUCCUCUGGUUUAUUAUAAAGCUUAAAUUUUAUAUCAUUUUAAAAUGUCUUGGUCUUCUACUGCCUUGAAAAAUGACAAUUGUGAACAUGGUAGUUAAACUGUACCACUUUUUUUAACCAUUGUUAUGCAAAAUAUAGAAGAAAAGUUAUUGGCAUGAUUGUUGCAUAUAGUUAAAUUGAGAGUAAUUCAUCUGUGAACCUGCAUCAAUUACCUGGUGAUUAAUGUGGAAAAGUGGUGUAAACUUGUACAUGGAAAUUUUUGAAUAUGCCUUAAUUUAGAAACCGAAAAAUGCCCGGUGACAUCAUUCUGGGUGUGUCCUCACCUGGUGCCGUGGGCCCAUCGCCCCAUGUGUCCUGUUGAGAGGAUAUUUGCCUGGUACAGAGUACAACUUUUGUAUAGAAGGUUCAUAAAACAUAACCGUCUGCUAGGAGUCUGUCCAAAUUUAAAAUGUGUGCCAUACUCUGGUUCUUGAAAGCAAGGGUCCAGAGCACCUUGAUUACUUUUAGUUAAAUAUAAGGUAGUUUGCAAUGAAGGGCCAGCAUAUACUUGUAAGAUAAUUUUAGACUGUGAGGGUUCAGCACAGUCAUGUUUCAGUGAUCCCUCUUUUUCUCUAAAAUGCCAGUCCCUGGAAAUCCCUUUCUGCAAGCAGUGAGCAUGUGUUAAGCUCUUGGUCUCUCUGGACCAGGGCACAGGAAAAAGGUCAUUACUGCUGCUGCAUUUUGCACUGGGACACCUGGGGAAGGCGGGCGUGCUGGCCACCUGUUAAUUUCUCAGUCUGUGCUCAGGAGGUGACAGCUUGGCUCUGGGAGAGUUUUCAGGAGUCUCUGUAGUCCGUGCUCAUCAGAAGAACACCAGAGCCACAUUUUCCUGACACUAACACCAGGCAGUCGACCCCGAGUAUAGUGCAGCAAGCGUGUUUGGCAAACACAGGCCAGACAUGGGCUUGUGUCGCCGUUGGGUGGUGCCCCCACUGGAAGAAUUCUAGCAUGCUAUUGGGGAACGUAAAUUCAACGGGAAAUAUACCGCUACCCAGAUUUUUCUUUUCUUCUUCGGACUGGGGCUAAGACAGUUGAUGCAACAAAGUUCGUCUUUCUUUUUUGCUCAGUCCUAAUUUCAACAAGUCAAAGAUGUGUUCAGGCAUUCCAGGUAACAGGUGUGUAUGUAAAGUGAACAAAAAUAGGCUUUUUAGGAACUCCGCUCUUUAGGUAUUACAUUUGACUUGUCAUGUUAAAUAUUUGUCCUUAAAGGAUUUGAGAUGUACAUCUUUCAUUUCGUAUUUUUCAUAGGCUAUGCCAUGUGCAGAAUCAAAGUUACCAAUGUAACACUGGCCCCGCGGGCCCAGCGAUCUCCAUGUGUACUCAUUGCAGUCUUAUUUAACCAGGGGUCCUAACCACUAACAUUGUGACUUUGCUUUAGACCUUUCCUCUCCUGGGUACUGAGGUGCUAUGAAGCAAACUGACAAGGAUGCAUCACAUGUCAGGCUGAUGCCACUACCCGAUUGGUUUAUUUGCAAUUUGAGCCAUUUAAAGACCAAUAAACUUCCUUUUUUUAAAUG